AUGGAACAAUCAGGAACUAAAUCUCAUUCUGAAAAGCCUGAGAAAUUUAAGGGAGGAGACUUCAAAAGAUGGCAGCAGAAAAUGCUAUUUUAUUUGACAACUCUGAAUCUGGCUAAUGAUAUGUGUGAGACUGUGCCUAGUACGGAAGGAGAUAAUAUACUCUAUGCAAAAACUUUGAUAGCUAUAGAUGUCUGGAAUCAUAAUAAUUUCUUCUGCAGGAAUUAUAUUCUCAAUGCAUUAAAUGAUUCGUUAUAUGAUGUCUAUGUGGUAUGCAAAACAACCAAGGAACUUUGGGAAUCACUUGAGAAAAAAUAUAAAACUGAGGAUGCCGGUUCAAAGAAAUUUGUCGUGCGCAAAUUUUUGGACUACAAAAUGGUAGAUUCCAUGUCCAUUGUCUCUCAAAUUGAAAAUCUCCAGAAAAUCAUCCAUGACAUUCAUGUUGAAGGGAUGGUGAUCAAUGAGUCUUUUCAAGUGGCGUCUUUUAUAGAGAAAUUGCCACCUUCUUGGAAGGAGUUCAAAAAUUAUCUCAAGCACAAACGUAAGGAGAUGACCCUCGAGGAUCUCAUUGUAAGGCUGAAAAUUGAGGAAGAUAAUAGAAAGAAUGAGAAGGGCCUGGUUUCGUGUAUGGAAACCAAGGCAAAUGUUAUUGAAGGAAGUUCAUCAAAGCAAAGGCCGAAAUUCCAGAAAAUUAAGAAGAAAAGAACUUUGUCCCUGGUGUAA